AUGGUUUCCACUCGACUUCUAGCCACCACCCUGGCCCUGCUCGCUGCCAGCGGUGUCAGUGCUGGGCCAUGCCGCCCUUCCACCACCUCCACGCUGUCGACGGUUGUCUCUGAGACCAGCUCUGCCAGCGAGACGUCCACUGUGUCUGUGUCUGAGACUGAGACCGCUUCCUCGACCAUCUCGACCGACACGUCGUUGACAUCUUCCCUCACCGAGACGGUCUCGACUGAUUCCUCCGUCACUGUGUCUACCACCACCACUGCCUCGGCCUCUGAGUCUUUGACCACCACCGCUUCCACUGAGACCUCGGUCUCCGAGUCCUUGACCACUACCUCUUCCACUGAGACCUCCGCCUCAUCAACUGAGUCUACCACCGCAUCGGCCUCCGCGACACAGCCUGCCAUCCGAGAGUGUGACGAUGAUCAAGACUGCCAGAACCUGUUCGGAACACUCAAGCCUUCUUGCAACGCUCUUGGGUUCUGCGAGUUCCGAUGCCUGUCCAACCUCAUGUGCAGUGAUCCUACGCCCGUCUGCAACACUGACACGGGUGUUUGCGAGGCUGGCCCUGGCCCUGAGUUGUGCUCUGUCGAUUCAGACUGCACUGAAGCCGGGUCCACCUGCGUUAAUGGUGUCUGCACUGUUGUUACUCCAGAAUGCAACACCGACGCCGACUGUGAUGGAGCUACGCCCUUCUGCGACGCUGGUACUUGCGUCGCUACCAACCCAAACGCCAAUCAGUGCAAUGUUGAUAGCGACUGUGACUCUGGGUUGAUCUGUGAAUCCCGCACUUGCGUCUCCCCGCCGAACGACUGCACCACCGACGCCGACUGUGACGGAGCUACACCCUUCUGCGACGCUGGUACUUGCGUCGCUCCCAACCCAAACAACGAGUGCAGCACCGAUUCCGACUGUUCCCCUGGGCAGUACUGUAUUGACCUCCUUUGCGUCGAUAUCCCCUAA